GUUGUGCGGUUCCUGGCGGACGAUGCGCUCAAGGGGCGGCAGCCGGGCACGGCUGGCGAGGAGGCGGCGGCCGCCUUCGUGGCCAGCAAGCUGGAGGAGCUGGGCUGCGAGCCUGCCGGGGAGGACGGCAGCUACUUCCAAACGGUCCGCAUGGUGGGGCUGACGGCCAUCCGGAGCACUUCCAAGUUGGGAUUCGAGGUGCAGGACUUCCAGCUGACCGGCCGAUUUGGGGAGGACUACGUCCACUCCAUGGACCACCUCCCAGACCUGGCUCAAGAGCCGGAAUGUGCCUUCGAGGGCCUGGACUUGGUCUUUGUCGGCCACGGGGUAGCAGCGCCAGGGCUCGACUGGGACGACUUCAAGGGCCAGGACAUGACAUCGAAAGUCUUACUGGUGCUGAUCAGCCAGCCGCCUGUGGAGCCCUUUCCCCAAGACGACCUGACCUACUACGCCAGGUGGACCUACAAGUUUGAAGAGGCGCGCCGGCGAGGCGCAGCGGGCUGCCUGAUCGUUCACUUCAGCGACGAGUUCGCCGGCUACCCUUGGAGCGUGACCCGCACCGGCUACAGCGGGGAGAAGGUGGCCUUGGAGAAGCCGCAGGUGAAUCCACUGGCCAUCCAUGGCUGGCUUGAGAGGGGUCUCGCUUCCAAACUCGCCGAGGCCGCCGGCACCACGCUGGACGCUUGGGUGAAGCAAGCGCAGCAGCGGGACUUCCGGCCUGUGGUGGUGGGCCGCGUGUCGCAUUCUGUGCAGUACCAGAAGCGGUGCUUCUCGGGCCGCAAUGUCCUGGGCCUCCUCCCUGGGGAGGAGCCGCACCAGCACGAGGCAGUGGUCAUCGCUGGGCAUCACGACCACCUGGGCGAGCGCGAGGGCGAGAUCUACAAUGGAGCCGUGGACAACUGCACGGGGGUGGCGAUGAUGCUGGCCACGGCGCGGAGGCUGAUCGAGUCGGGCGUCCGCCUCAAGAGGUCUGUGUUGCUAAUGGCCCCCACAGCCGAGGAGUGUGGUCUUCUGGGCUCAGACUACUACGCCGACGAGCCCCUGAUGAUUGGCACCCGUCAGGCCAAGCCCAUUGCUGCUUUUGCUUUCGACGUCGGAAAUGUGUGGGGUCGUACCAGAGACCUCUCCGUGCUGGGUUUGGGCAGGAGCACCCUGGAUCCGUUGUUACAGGAGGUGGCUGCGUCGCAAGAGCUCACACUGGUCCCUGACCUCCAGCCCAAGAUGGGACUUUUCUACCGGAGUGACCACUGGAGUUUCGUGCGACGGGGAGUUCCUGGGUGCUGGUUCUUCUUUGGCCGCGACUUCAUCGGAAAGCCCAGCACCUACUACGACGAGGUUGUGGGCAGGUAUAUCCAAUCCGAAUAUCACAAGCCGGCCGAUGUCUAUCAUCCGGAGUGGACCAUGGAGGGUCUUCUCUCCCAGGUAAACUUCACCGUGGGCGUCGCCCAAGCGCUGGGCGCUCGCACGGACUUCUACCCCGCAAUGAAGCCUGAGACGGCCUCUCCGGGUCCCCAGGUCCCGGAAGUCCCGGAGGCCCCUGCCAGCUUCGCCUGGAGGCGGCGGCCGGGCAAGCGCGGGGUGAGCUUUGGGCUGCG